UCAUUUAACAACAACUUGACUGCUCGUGUUGCACCUUUUAUGCUCUUAUUUGUUUGGGUUCGCCUGUGGUUGGUUUCAGAUGCUGUAAUUUAGCUCAAUUUAUGCUUUGAUGCUGAUGCUCGGUUGUGCUCCGCCUCCUCGAAACUGUCCAGGUUGAGAGGAGCUCAGAGUCACGAGCUGACAGACACAGCUGACCACCCUGAGUGCUAGGCACACGCUCCCAUCGCAUCAAGUCAAAAAGUAUCCUACGCAGCAUGGCAUCGGACGAAUUGGCGAGGAAACUACAGCCCAGGAUGGCCGCAGAGCAGGCUCCCCAAUUCAACCCGUGUGCACCAGAGGAGACCCGGGUGAAACCGAGCGACUCUGUCCCCGAGCAGCAGGAAAAAGCGGUGGUGGUCAUUGUCAAUGAUGCCACAUCGGAACUCACGGCGAAACUCACCCGGAGACUGGACAUUAACAAUGGGAACGCGGCGCCCAAGCAAGCCAAGGUAUUCAACCCCAGCACGGAAUUCAAAGAAUUCUCCCGCAAACAGAUCAAAGACAUGGAGAACAUUUUCAAACGGUUUGACAGUGGUAAGGACGGCUUCAUAGACCUGAUGGAGUUGAAGCUGAUGAUGGAGAAGCUGGGAGCUCCUCAGACCCACCUGGGCCUCAAGAACAUGAUCAGGGAGGUGGAUGAGGACUUCGACAGCAAGCUGAGCUACAGAGAGUUCCUGCUGAUCUUCAGGCGAGCAGCGGCAGGCGARCUGCAGGAGGAGAGUGGUCUGAUGGCUCUGGCCAGACUAUCUGAGAUAGACGUCUCCGCAGAGGGAGUCAUGAGGGCACGGGACUUCUUCGAGGCUAAGGUGCAGUCUCUAAAGGUGGGCAGUAAGUUUGAGGCUGAGAUCCGAGAGGAGCAGGAGGAACGGAAGAGACAGGCGCUUGUUAGGAAACAGAGACGGGCUGCCUUCAAAGAUCUGCAAUCUGCCUUCUGCUCAUAAUACAGUGCACACACACACACACACACACACACACACACUGAAACACACACACACGCGCACACUGAAACACACACACACACACUGAAACACACACACACACACACAAACUAAAACAUGCAUGAUCAUGCGCAUACUCACUUGCACAUUAAGGGAGGUUUUAAAGUAGUUCCAUAGCUUCCCUGAAUACACACAUAAUAAUAUUUGAUUUAAUAAUGAAAGUUUGACAUUAAGGUUAUUGUUAUGAUAUUACUGUUGUGAUUUAUUGUUAUUAUUGUUCUAAUUAACAGGAUUGUAUUAGCUAUUAUACACAAUAUUCUCACUUAGUUUAAAACAGUAACAGAAAAAUCUAUUUUCUUAAAAUAGAUCCGAGGCUAUUUCCCAUCAAUAAUUAAAUUGUUUAAUGUUUGAUGUACAUUACAGAAAAGGUUAUGUGGAGUAAUGUUUUGACCAAUUUAUGUGUAGAAGGCAAACUUAUGUUAAAAUACCUGUGUCCAAAAAUUCCCUAGCCACCUUUUUUUUCUGUUGAAACCUUUAAAAAUCACUCUAUGAAUAUACGUUUUUACUAUUGGCAUAUUGUAGGUGGUGCUGUUAUAUUGAAUAUUGACCUGUCAUCCAUGUUUGUUUAAUUUCUAGAAACAUACCAUCAUGUAACACUGUAUUAUUAUGUUGUCUUAUGUGUUCUGAAAUAAAAGGAAAUGGAUUGUAUUGUAUUUUUCCAUAAAUAAAACAAUG